AACUGGGGAGACGAGACUAGUUGAUGUGCGCAAUGACACCACAACGCUCCUCUACUACGGUGAUUUGCCACAAGCAAGCACAAGUGACGGAAACUCAACCACGACUUUGUCAAACAUUCUAGAUAGCUUGAUCGUAGUUGAUAACAUCGAUUUGAUGGCCCUAAGCUCUAAGUCUUGGCCUGAAAUCCCACUCACUCCAUACAGCAAUGGCCCACUUGUGGGAGUUUUUGCUUUGGCAGGUGCUUCGAUGCCGGCAGUAUCCGCCGUUAAAAAUGUAGGUGAAAGCCUACUCACGUUAGCGCCAGGACAAGUGAAAAGCCUUUUCGAAUUUCAACAAGCUAUGGGACAGAAUCCUGUCGCUCUCACCGUGUCCGGCGCGUUGAAUUUCACUAACGAAAAUCAACUAGUUCUCGAGGAGGCCACACUUCAAUAUGAAGGGAACAGUCUAAGUUUGACGUAUGGAAAGGAGUCAUGCAGCAUUCGUGACGUCCAGUGGCAGGCAUCUGAAAACGCGCUUUCCGUGACGAAUUCCAUUACAAAGGCAGUUCAAGACACUUUAAACGAUCCCCUAUGGAGUGAUCUACAAAGCAAUCUCGACUAUGAGAUAAAAAACUACAAUCAAAUUUUCAACUCUCUACCUUUGAAUCCAGCACAAAUUCGUUAUGUGGAAGGCCUCACAAAGCAGCAGUGGGCAGAGCAAGCAACGCGCAUAGCACAGGAAACAAUUGGUCGAAAACUAGUGAGUCAAAUUCAGGAAAUGUUCGGGAAUCUGGAGAAUUGCAUUGCUGAUAAAGUCAUCAAAGCAGGAGAGUUGCCAUACAACGUUACGUUCACGGAGAAGAACAACACCAUGGUCGUGCUUCUCGGUGAUGCUGAGCAGUUGCUGAAUAGAUCUCAUCAUUGUCAAGGAUGGAC